AUGAGGCCGCUGGACGAGAAGGAGACGACAGUAGUUUUUGACAAGCUAUACAAAUUUGUGGGAAACAAUCUGCAAAAAAUUGUGAUGGAAAACCCAUCCUACGAAGGACCCGAUCCGAACCCAGGACGCUACUGCUUCCGCCUCCAGAAGAACCGGGUGUACUAUGUAUCUGAAUCAUUAGUCAAACGGGCCACCAACAUCAAGCGGGAGAAGUUGGUGUCUAUGGGAACCCAAAUAGGAAAAUUCACCAAGAGUGAUAAAUUCCAUUUGACGAUUCAGGGUUUGAAUUUAUUGGCUGCUAAUGCUAGGCACAAGGUUUGGCUAAAACCCACUUCGGAGAUGAGCUUUUUGUACGGAAACAGUGUGUUGAAAGGCGGGGUGGGGAGAAUUACUGAGAAUAUUCAAGUGAAUGAUGGGGUGGUGGUGUAUUCGAUGGCGGACGUGCCGUUGGGGUUCGGGGUUGCAGCCAAGAGCACGCAGGAUUGUAGGAAAAUGGAUCCGAAUGGGAUUGUGGUGCAUCACCAUGCUGAUAUUGGGGAGUACUUGAGGAUGGAGGAUGAACUUUAA